GAUUAAGCGAGGAGGCGAGCACGCGACCAGCUUCCCAAGGCGGGAAGGCGGGAAGAGCGCCCAGAAGUUCAUUUUUAACAUUCUUCUUCCGCAUCUAGGCCAUAUCGGAAACAAGCUCAUCACCGAUCCCGUCCCCGAGGCUUGUUAGUUUUCCAACGCUCUGCCUUGACGCCACAAUGCACCAAGAAGUCAGAGCCGACCGACACUGGCGGCUCUCCGGCCUUCGACUGCCGGAUCCCAUGCGGCCGAUCGAUGUCCAUCCGGAUAUCGACCACAUCACUGACCGGCACGAGCGGGAAAUCGCCAUUCUCCGCAUCCUCGAUUGCAUCGGUUUUAACUGGCCAGUCUUCUGCGCGGUCGCCAUUGGCUUCCUGGCAACCUCAUACAGCCUGUUCGCCACGAACUUCGUGAAGCCCGCGCUUCUCUACGUCUAUCCUCCGAGCAACCAGUCCAAGCAGGACAUCGGAGAAGUCCUCGACCUGACGACCCUGAGCUCCACCCUGGUCGGCAUGGUCGUCUUCGGGCACUUUGCCGACCGGGGCGGGCGGAAGAAGCUCUACGGCUGGGAGCUUAUCAUUCUCAUUUUCGCGACGGUCGGGCUGGUCUUGUCCUCUCAGGGAUUCAUGAGCCAGGGCGUGGACGGCAACACAGAGUCCUCUAUGAGCAUCUACGCGUCCAUCAUCUUCUUUCGCUGCUUAUUAGGAUUGGGAAUCGGGGCAGAGUAUCCGGUCUCGGCUGUCAUAGCCUCUGAAUUCGCCUCUACCGAUACCAGGGCUACAAUGAUGGCUUCGAUCUUCCUGAUGCAAAGCGUCGGCCGCUUUCUCGCCAUCGGCAUUGGCCUGGGAUCAUUACGAAGACUCAUGGAGCACUACGACCUGAAUAUGGAUGAGCCUAAUGUGGGGGCAAACGAGAUAAAAGCCAAAAUCGUCAUUGAUAUUGUGUGGCGAACUGUCAUCGGUGUUGGCGGUGCUAUUGCACUCGUUGCUGUUGGUCUUCGCCUUACCAUGCCAGAAUCACCCAGGUACUACUCUGGGAUUCGGAAAGACCUGCGACAGGCAGCCAUAGCCGUCCAACAGGCCGGCGGGGAUCUCAGCGCGGAGCAACGACCAGAAACAUCACUCUCGACAGGGACACAGCACAGCUACAGCAAGAACGACCACGAGCCGACGCCAUGGUUCAAGGCCGCACAGAAGUACCUGAAGGAGGGCGGUUGGAAGCCCCUUCUGGGUAUCUCAAGCAUAUGGUUCCUUUUGGACGUGUGCUUUUAUGGAACCAGUCUGGACAGCCCGGCGACAUUGAAUGUGCUCUGGCUUGAGACCGACGUGUUCAACACGACCGGGCAUUUUGUCAACGGCACCGUGGCUGUUUGGAACUCGACCUUGCCCAUUUGGAAUGCGAAUCCCGCACUUCCCAAUGCUACCAUCCAGCGGGCCUUGAACGACAAUGCUGUGCGGACAUUGCUGCUGUCCUCAAUUGCAUCGCUGGCUGGGAGCCUGGUGGCUAUCCCCAUGGUCCACUAUGCGAACCGCAAGAGAUUAUUGAUCUACACAUCUGUGGCCCUCUCCUUUCUGUUUAUUGCCACAGGAGCCAGCGUUGUGAGGACAUUUAGCAGACCAACACAUUACCUCAGUAUGGUCUUUUUCGCGCUGGCUCAGUUCAUGUUCAACGUUGGGCCGAACACGCUUACUUUCAUCAUAACAGCUGAAGUAUUCCCGACGGUCUUUCGCGGCUCAUUCUACGGCAUUGCUGCUGCUUCAGGGAAGCUCGGAGCCAUCGUGAUCAGGGCCAUAGUGGCUCACACGGGCGAUGGGUAUAAAGCGCUCGUGGCAUAUUUGUUUGUGUUCAGCGUCAUCAUGCUCGCGCUGGCUGUCAUUGCCAUGAUCCCAGGGGCCCUACCAGAGGUUCAGAAGGAUAUACGGAAACGUCCGAAGCAACGCGUCCCUCCCAGUCCAGCAUUGACGCCUAUGAACUAUCCUCCGCUAAGUGCAGGUGAUUCCGCCGCUCACUGGUGGGAUCCAUAUCUUCCAAGGAGGUGGAAAAACAAAGCGCUCGAAGACAUUGCGCGGUACCCGUCACCGCAAGAUGAAUUCGCUCUACAGAGAGAUAACGACAUGGGGUUAAAAGAAGAUGAGAAACUGUACAUAUGAGUCGCAGGGAGGAAUUAAUAUCAUGACGAGCGAAAUACCAUAUAUAGAUUCAUAUAGAGAGUUUGAACAGGGUUUCAGCCGCCCAAAAACACCUCAUUCACCACG